UUGUGACAAAAUUAGGCUUCUUCUUAUUCAAUUUGUAGGCCCUCUACUUUCUAUUUUGUGCAGUGCCAUAACAGAACUUUCUACAAUAACUAUUUUUUCUCAAUUCCCACCAAAACAAAACUCCGUACUACAUUUUUUCUCUCCUCUUUCUUUUUGAAGAUGCAGAGGUUAUUUGCAGCCAGAAGAAAACUCACCUCUGCUGUAUUGUUAUGGAGAUCUCCAACACUUUCUGCUUCUUUUUCUACCUCCCUUCUCUUUGAUGAUACUCAGAUUCAGUUCAAGGAAAGUGUUGCGCAAUUUGCACAAGAAAAUAUUGCUCCUUGUGCAGAGAAAAUUGAUAAAACGAAUUACUUUCCCAAGGAUGUGAAUCUAUGGAAACUCAUGGGGGACUUCAAUCUUCACGGAAUUACAGCACCAGAGGAGUAUGGUGGACUCGGUCUUGGCUAUCUUUAUCACUGUAUUGCAAUGGAAGAAAUCAGUCGUGCUUCUGGUUCAGUUGGCCUAUCAUAUGGAGCUCACUCUAAUCUUUGUAUUAAUCAGCUAGUGAGGAAUGGGAACCCUGCUCAGAAGCAGAAAUAUUUGCCAAAGCUUAUCAGUGGGGAGCAUGUUGGAGCUUUGGCAAUGAGUGAACCUAAUGCUGGUUCAGAUGUUGUUGGUAUGAAAUGUAGAGCUGAUCGUGUUGAUGGUGGUUAUAUGCUAAACGGGAACAAAAUGUGGUGCACAAAUGGCCCCACUGCUCAAACACUGGUUGUUUAUGCAAAAACAGACAUGGCCGCGCACUCCAAAGGGAUCACUGCGUUCAUCAUUGAAAAGGGAAUGCCUGGAUUCAGCACUGCCCAAAAACUAGACAAACUGGGAAUGCGAGGAAGUGACACAUGUGAACUUGUUUUCGAGAAUUGCUUUGUACCUCAGGAUAAUGUGCUUGGGGAGGAAGGAAAAGGGGUAUAUGUUAUGAUGUCAGGGCUGGACUUGGAGAGGCUUGUUUUGUCCGCUGGCCCUCUUGGUAUUAUGCAGUCUUGCCUUGAUGUUGUUCUUCCUUAUGUUCGGCAGAGGGAACAGUUUGGACGUCCAAUUGGCGAAUUUCAGUUUAUACAGGGUAAAGUUGCUGACAUGUACACUUCCCUGCAGUCUUCAAGGUCAUAUGUGUACUCAGUUGCAAGGGACUGUGACGGUGGAAAAGUUAACCCGAAGGACUGUGCUGGAGUUAUUCUUUGUGCUGCUGAAAGAGCUACACAGGUUGCAUUACAGGCUAUACAAUGUCUUGGAGGCAACGGUUACGUGAAUGAGUAUUCUACAGGGCGUCUUCUCCGGGAUGCCAAAUUAUAUGAGAUUGGAGCAGGAACCAGUGAGAUUAGGAGAAUGAUCAUCGGCCGCGAACUGUUCAAGGAACAAUGAGCACUCUAGUAUACUGACUAAUGGCCAACAAUGAAGUACUGUAUUAGUGUAUGUGGGAUUGUGGAGCAUCGUGGAAGCGUAGUUUGCGGACUCUGCUAGACCUUGUGCUUCAUAUCUUCUGUUGUAGUCUUCCAUCUAAUGCAGUCCUUCCCAUGGUUGGAAUCACAGCUGAUCACGAAACUGAUAUAGCUUUACAGGAUCUGUUUAUAAAAGUGCAAUAAUAUCAAUCAUUUCAGAACUUCUAAAAUUUAACUAUGACCAAUAGUUUUAGGGUUUGGACAUGUGAAUUCAAUUAGCUUGUAAGAUGAUAGAAAUUCAUACAUCCUCGUGACGGGUUGCCUCGUGCUAUAAUAGGUCCCUUUAAGGAACAAAAGGUCUUGCUCACAUGAGGUGUACACUAAAUUUAUUGUACAUCGGAAUAACUUUUAUCCAGUUUUUUGUAACAUGUAAUAUGUUUUGAUUGACUUUAUAUUAUGAAAAAAAUAGUUGAUAGAUAAACAUUUCAAAGGAUUAAA